AUGAAUGAAUAUAAUAGCAAAAAUGUUGUUGUGGAUAAGCCUAUUAAAAAUGAUGAGGAUAUAAAUGGUUUAUAUGAUAUAUUCAAAAAUGUGAGUAAUAAUAAUGAUAUUUUUAAUAAUGAUGAUUAUAUUUUAAAAGAAUUAUAUCCUUUAAUAAAAAAUGUUAUAGGAGAUAAUAAGAAUAUUUGUUACCAUUAUAACAAAUCAUUUAUGUUAAAAAGAUGGUGUUUCAAAAUUUUAUAUACAUUAAUAAAUAAAAUGAAGGAUAUGAAUUUGUUUCUUGAUAUUUUUAAUAUGUGUUCAAAACUAAUUAUAAGAGAGAAUGAGAUGAAUUGUCUGAGUUGUAUUAAAAUAAUCAAUGUAAUCAUUGAAGAAAAUAAAAAUAAUUUGAACAUGUUUGACAUAGAUACUUAUAUAAAUGUGAUAUGUCUAUCUAUUUUGAAUAAUUUUUAUAAGAGAAUAAUAUAUAAGGUAAAGAAGGGAAAAUUCCUCAAGUCUUCAAUUAGUAUAUAUAUAAAAAAAAAAACAAGAAAAAAACAAAAAAUUGAAAAAGAAAAUGAAAAAGAAAAGGAAAAUAAGAAUAUAAUUUAUUUCCAAAAUAAAAAAAGAGAGAGAGAUAUUUUAAACAGUAAAGAUUCUAUCAAAGUAAUCAAAGAAAUCGUAUUAUCUGUUCUUUUGAUAAUACGUAUAUAUCCGAAUGUUAUAAAUAAUGUUGGGAAGUACUUAAAUAUAUUAUGUAAAAUAUUAUCUAUAAUUAAUAUAUACGAUUUUAAAUUAGAAUCCUCCUUUUUUAUUGAGACAAUUGUCGAAGCGAAUAAUUAUUAUUCUAAUAAUAAAAAUGAUACAACUCAAAAGAAUAAUAAGCCCAUUCUGAAUAUUAUUAAAAAUGUUUUUUAUUAUCAAUAUAUAAAUGAAUCUCAUAAUAUCGAGCAUAAAAAAGAAUGUAAGACUAACUAUUUAAUAAGUAUACCUUCCAAAAUAGACAAGAAUAAAUGUUCUCCUCUUGUAUGUAAUAAUAAAAGUGAUGACUUUGAUAAAAAUGGUAACCUUCAUCUUAUGUUUCAUGAAAUGUCUCAGGAUAUGAAUAAGAACAAAAUGUAUGAUGGUUCCCAUUUUGAUCGUAAUCAUAAUGCAGCUUUGGUAAAUAAAUUAGAAUGUUUUAAUAAAAACACAAAUGAUUGUAUUUGUUUGGAGUUGGAGGGUAUUAAUAGACAAGAACUUAAUGAGAAACAAAAAAAGAAAAACAAAAAAAAAACUGAAGAGAUUAAAGGGGUUGUAAAAGGUGAUGUAAAAGGUGAUACAAAAGGUGAUGUAAAAGGUGAUACAAAAGAUGAUGUAAAAGAUGAUAUAAAAGGUGAUGUAAAAGGUGAUGUAAAAGAUGAUGUAAAAUAUAAUGUUAAAGAUGAUGUUAACCAUGUAGACAAUUUUGUUAAUAACAAGAUAAACAAUAGUUCUUAUGCUAAUAAAUUAUUAUAUAAUAAUAAUUGUUUGUAUUAUGAGAAAUAUAAAUGGUAUGAUAUAAAGAAUAUUAUUAAUAUAAAAUGUUGUGAAAAGAGAAAAUUUUGUAAACAUGUUAAUUAUAACAUGUAUGAAGUUGAUACAAAUAAACAUAUGGACUUAUUAAGUUUACAAAAUGGUAUUAUUUAUAUGAUUUGUUAUUUAUUAAUGGAAGAUAAAAAAAAUAAAUUUUGUCAUUAUAAAGAGUUUGUAAUAAAGAAAGUUAUAUAUAUGUUAAUUAAUAAUCAACAUGAUUAUAUUGAAAAAAAAAAGGAAUUUAUUGAAAAUAUCCGUAUGUUUUUACAUAAUAGUUUCGAUGAACAAAUGAAAUAUUACAUUUCCUUUUUUUUAAAUCCGUUUUUAUAUAAUAAAAGGAAUUAUAUAUAUAUAAAUAAGAAAAGCUUAUUAAAUAUAUAUAUAUUUUCUUUAAUCCAUGAUAUGUUAUUAUAUUAUAAAAAUAAAAAUGUUUGGAAUUAUGAUACAAUUAAUUUAUGUAUAAGUAAUUUUGUCGAUGUACUUAUGCAUAAACAAGCAUAUAUAUAUAUUCAAAAUGUUUGUAUAAAUAUGUUUGUAUAUAUAAUUAAUAUAUUAUUUAUGAUUAAGAAGAGAAAUGCAAACUUCUUUUCAUUAUAUUUUCUUAUAUUGAAUAUCAUGAUGAAUAAAUGUGAAUCUUUAAAGGAAGAAAUUUAUAACAAGAUAUAUAGGCGCAUACAAAGGUUAAGAAGAAUAUCAUAUAAUAGUAAGGAGCAGGAGAAAAGAAUAAAUAAAAGAAAAGAAAAAGAAAAUACUAAAUUUUAUAUCGAUGAUAAAAAAAAGAUACUAUGUAAUAAUUAUUAUAGUGAUUGUACCUAUGAUACAAAUCGUUUUGUAAAAAGAAGUAUAAUAAAAAAUCUAAAUGCAUAUAAAAGGAGUAGUAUUAUUAUUAGUAAUAAUAUUUGUAGUAAUAUUUGUAGUAAUAUUAAAUAUGUAUCCCUUAGUCGUGAUAAAAAAUUUAGUCAUUCGAAAAAUGCUUUAAAUUUAAAAAAUAAUAAAGAAUAUAGGAAGGCUAAUAAUACUUUGUAUAUUAUUAAAAAGAGGAAUUACGAUAAAAUGUAUCAUGUACUUAUAGAAUAUAAAUAUAUCUUAUAUGCUCUUCAGGUGUGUAUAAAAUAUAAUAUAUAUUAUAUAUAUAUAUAUUUUAAUCAAGAUAUUAUAAAUAAUAAUACCUCGAAUGAGUUAAUACAACAAGGAGGAGAUGAUAUAAAAACAUAUGUUUUAAGAAAUGAUAAUAUAACUAAAAACGAUAAAACUGCUCAGAAUCAAAAUCAUCUUAAUAAUAAUACGAAUUACAAAUUGAAUAUUAGAAAGACAAAGAACCGAACUAAAUAUAAUUACGAAAAAGCUCAUAAUAUAUGUAAUAUGAAUAUAACAAAGGUAGAAAAUAAAAAUAAUAAUAUUAUAAGUAAAGCAAUUAGAAAGGAAAAAAAUACUAAGGCAAAUAACAUAAAUUCAAACCAUCGAUUGAUUAAUAAAAAUAAUAAUAAUAAAAAUAAUAAAAAUAAAAAAUGUAAAACAACUAAUGGAGGUGAUUUGCUAAAUAGCUCAAGUGUAUGUUCCAUUUCACAUUGUCAGAAUAAUCAAACCCAAAACAAUAAUACCGAAAUUGAUGAAGUCAUAAAUGUACAAUUAAACAAAUGUAAAAAAACAUUUGAUAAUUCUAAUAAUAUAUUUGAUGAAGGUUAUACCUUUUUGUGUAAGACCAAAGAAUCGAAUAUACCAAGAGAGAGUAUAAAAAAUUUGAAUAAUGAAUAUAUUCCUAAAGAGGAAUUUAUUUUGAACCAAAAUAUGAAUGAAUUAAAUAAUAGUGAUAAGAAUGUUUGUUAUAAAAAAGAUUUUAAGGAUGAAGAAAAAGAUAUAUACACACCAUAUAACUUUUUUAAUAAUAGUAAUAAUUUGUUUAUUAAUAAUGAUUUUGUUGAAAACGAUUUAAAUUAUUAUGUAAAUUAUUAUAAUAAAGAAAAUCAAGAAAAGUUAAAUAAUAUUAUAAAUUGUAAUAAUCUAAAUAAUAUACAUUCUUCGGAUGUUUUACAUCUCUUGCCUUUUUUUGAUAAUAAUGAUGGUUUUGAAUAUGUGAAAAAUUUGAAUACAAAGAAGAAUGAUAUAAAUAUAUCUUAUCAUGACAAAACAAUGAUGGAAAAUAAAAUAAUGAAUGGAUAUAUAUCUGAUGUAAAUACAAAUAAUAAUAUAAAUGUAAAUUAUUCGAAAGAUGUGUCCCUUAAUAAUAAUGAAAAUAAUAUUAAUAAAAAAUUUAUGAAUGAUAUGAGUAGUAAUAUUUCAAUAAUACAUACCUUAUGUGGUAAGAAAGAUUUACAUCAUGAGGAUACAAAGAUAGAACAGGAUAAGCAAUGUAAUGAUCAUGAAUAUUUUGAAGAUAUGUAUAGUAUAGAAGAUAUCAAUAUAAAUGCUUCAAAGAAAUUGUUUCUCUUUUCUUAUGAUAUGAAGGAUAUAUGGAUAAAGAAAAUAUAUAAACUUUUUUAUAACAUGAUAGUUUGUUUAAUAUUGUAUCACCAUAGUUUUUGUUAUAUAACAAUGAACAUUUUUAGAAAGAAAUAUUUUGAAAAUGGUGAGAAGAUUGGGUGUGAUGUCAAUAUGACUUAUGGGUAUAAUAAAAACGAUGAUAUUAAUAAAAAUAUUAAUGAGGAUAUUAAUAAAAAUAUUAAUGAGGAUAUUAAUAAAAACAUUAAUGAGGAUAUUAAUAAAAACAUUAAUGAGGAUAUUAAUAAAAAUAUUAAUGAGGAUAACAAUAAAAAUAUUAAUGAGGAUAACAAGAAAAAUAUUAAUGAGGAUAACAAUAACUAUAAUAUUAUUAACAAUAAUGCGCAUAAUUACCAAAAUGAACAUAAUUUAUCUUAUGUUGAAUCGAAUAAUUACCCAAAUGAACAUAAUUUAUUUUAUGUUGAACCGAAUAAUUACCCAAAUGAACAUAAUUUAUUUUAUGUUGAACCGAAUAAUUACCCCUUAAAAAUUAAAAGACAAAACAUAAAAUCCAAAAUCAAAAGUAAAUUUUAUGAAUGCCUUCUUUAUAUUAAAGAAGAAGAAAAAAUUUUAUUUUAUAUGUGUGCAGAUAUAAUUAUAUAUCUAAGUCGAAAUAAUUUUUACGAUUUUAUAAAUUAUUCCAUUGAUGUUUUAUAUAAAUUAUUAUUCCAAUAUCCUCAAAUUUUUUAUAUCUUUCAUUUGUUGGCAUCUUUAAAACACACCAGUGUUAUAUUUUCCAAGGUAUGUUUAAAUUAUUUAAUAAAAAAAUUUAAAAAUUAUUUACAUAUAAAAAAUAAACUGAAUCCACUACUUUAUUACAAUCAUGAUGUUAGAAUGAAAUUGGAAGGUGAUAUAUAUAAAAAAAUGUUUAAAUAUAAAUAUAUGUCUCCAUAUGAAUGCCUAUUAAGUACAAGUACCUCUUCUAAGGUUAAAAAAUGUAAUAUAAUUGAUUUACAUAAAAAAAAUAAUAAAAUAAAAUAUGAUGAUACUACUUGUUGUACGAGACAAAAAUUGUAUGAUGGAAAAUAUGAAUAUAAUAAUGUAAUUAACCUACCAUAUUGUAAUGACGAAAAAAUAAAGUCAACUUAUAAUAAUGUGAACGAUUGUUAUAAUAAUAAAAAGAGACAUAAAAAAAUUAAUAAAAAUAUAAAAAAUUUAUUACCAUCCUUAACAUAUACAAACAUAUCAAAACAUUAUUUUUAUCAGAAGAGCUUUAAAAAAUGUAAUAUAAAUAUGAAAGAUUUUAAUAAAUAUAUUAAAAUUAAGAAAGCAAAAAAAAAGUUUCAUAUUUGUGGUGACUAUUUUAAUUUUCCUAUUUUUGAAGAAUAUAUAAUUAAAAAGGAAAUUAAGCGAGAAAAUGGAAAAGAACUUAUAUCUCCAUAUAAGGACUUACAUAAUCUUUAUUUCAAUAAAUGUUUUAAUGAUGAACCCUUGAAUGAACUAAAAAUUAAGGAGAAUGAAUAUAUGAACAAAAAUGAUAAAUGGUUGCAUAACAUGAUGAUCUGUUUAAAAGAAAUAAAAAAAAAGAGAAAUAAGCAGUUUUUUUUUCAUGAUUUAUCAAAGCGUGAUUUUUUGAAUUCCAAAAAUUUUGUUUUAAGCAAAAAGCGUAUUAAUAUUAAUAUUAAUAAUGGGUUAUUUAAGGAUGAAAUGUGUUGUUUAAAUAGAUGUCAUAAUAAAAAAAUAAUAAAUCAUAAUAAAUUAUCAUUCUUAAAAUUGAAUAAAUAUAAAGUAACACAUUUUUUGUCUGAUGAUGAAUAUAUUAGAAAUAGAAAUAAUCAUUCAGAUAAAUGCUAUAAUAACAAAAAUAAAUGUAUGUAUCACCCAUUAUAUAACAAUUAUAAUGAUGUUCAUGAAAAUAUGCUUUCACAUAAGUCGAAUUUAUUUAAUAAUACUUAUAAUAUAUAUUGGUCCCACAACGAAUUAAAUAUUAGAAUGAUUUAUUUUUUUUUGCAUUACAUCAAAUUUUACCAGUAUGAAAAUAUGAAUUUCUUGAAAGAGCUAGAUAUGAUAUGUAAAAUAUGUUUAGAUUUAAUAUUAAAGGAUUAUAAUUGUAUUGAAUUAAUUAAUUUAUUAAAAUAUAUAUUUGAAACGAUCUGUUAUAUAAAUAUUUCCACUGGUUUAAUGAAAAGCAAAAAAGAGAAGAAACAAGAUGAUAAUAAUAAAAAAAAAAAACAAAAAAUAAAUGAUGAAUAUUAUAAUAUAAAUCCUACAGAAUAUAUGAAUAAAAAAUCUAAACAUGGUGGUGUUAUAAUAGAAAAUUACUUGAAAAAUACAAAUCAUAAGAAGAUCCCAGAAGUAAAGAAAAAUAUCAACCAUGUGAACAAUGAUGGUAUAACAAAUUUGAAUGACAAUAAUAUAAAGUGUGAUAAUUAUAAUAGUUUAUAUUAUAGCAAUAAAAAUGUAUACAGCAAUAUAAGCAAUUCUUUGAAUACUUAUGGUAUUAACGAAAAAUUUGAAGAAGAUAAAUGUACUAUUAAAAAUGACAAUUCUUUUGAUACGAAUAAAGAAAGUUAUAACCCUAAUGUAGGUAAUCAAAAAGAUAUUUAUUCUUACAGAAGUAUUGAUAAGGAUGAUAAAAAUAUGUGUUAUAUAAAUACAAGCUAUAUAAUACAUGAUUUCUUAAAAUGGUUUGAAAAUGUACAUUUUGAAGUACCCAAAGUAGUGAGAACAUUAUUGUGUGAAUUAUGUUUACAGUUGCCAGUAAAUUAUUUUUUGAAAGAUCAUUUUAAUAUUUAUGUAAAAUCUUUAUUAAUUUGUUUAAAAUCGAAAAACCUGCACAUUAUAAGUGUUGCAUUAAAAUGUAUCGAAGAUAUUAUGUGUCAUACAAAUAAUAAUAGUUUAAAGGGUAUUAUAUGUUCGUCCAUAUUUUUUAAUAAUAAAAAUAAAAAGAAAUCUUACAUUUUUACAAAAUUGCUGAAUUUGUUAAAAAAAAAUAAUAUAUACUAUACAUCACAUCAAUUUGAUUUUAAUAAAAUAUAUUUUGAAAAAAAUAAUUUACUACAAUAUUCUUAUUAUGAUAAGAUAAUAUUUGAAAAGGAAAUGAAUUUGUUUCAAUAUAAUUUUAUGCAUCCAUAUUAUGAAAAAAUAUUACCUGAACAAGCAAGGAAAAAAAAAAAAAUUAUACAAAUAAAUUCUGAACAUGUUAAUAAUUUUUAUAAAGUUUUAAGAAUAUGUGAAAAAUUUAUUGGACAGCAUGGAACAUUGAAUAAUAAUUUGAGGGAAAUGGAUUAUAAGAAUUUUGGAGAAUCCUUUAUAAGGAUAGGUUUUUUGUUAAAAAAGGAAACAAGUAUAAAUAAGAAUAAUGUACAAAUUGAAGAUACGCAAAGAAAAAAUGUCGUUGAUAAUUAUAAUUUAUAUGAUGUAAUGAGUAAACCGAAUGAGGAUACAAUAAUAAUGGAUGGACAAAAAACAGAUACGAAUGAAUACACGAAAGAUAAUAAUAAUAAUAAUAAUAAUUUAAAUAUAAAUGAUUUGGAUAAUAAUAAUAUUAGUAGUAACAAUGCAUAUACAUUUUAUUAUACAACUAGAGAUAAUACUCAUACAUUUAAUGAUAAUAAUUAUGAAUAUAAAUUACAACACUUGAAUUUAGAAGAGACACUAAAUUAUUGUUAUAAGAUUUUAAAAAAUUUUAUAAAGAAUAAUAAGAGCAAAUAUUUAUAUUAUAAUGACCAUUAUAAAAUGAAUAUAUUAAGAAAUAAUGGAACGAGUUAUUUGAUUAAUGAAAUGGUACAGGAAAAACUAGAUAGCGAAAUUAACAUGAAACGAGGUUUAAGAAAUGAGGAGAACGUACCACGUAUUUUUAAUUUUAAUAAUAGUAAUGUUUUAAAAAAGAGAAAGUUUAAUAAUAAUGGGAUUAAUAAUAGGAGACAAAAUAAAAAAUUAAAAGGAAACACAGCAAAAAGUAUUAAUAUUAAUGGUAAUAAUAUUAAUAUUAAUUAUGAUAAUUAUGAUGAAAAUGUAGUUGAUGUAGUACAUCUAAAUGAGCUGGAAGAACAAAAUUGUUUGGAAAAUGAAAGAAAAAGUAAUAAUGAACAUAAUAAUAAUAAUAAUAAUAAUAAUAAUAAUAAUAAUUUUUAUUAUAAGGAUAAUAAAAAAAUAUAUAAUAUAGACAAUUCAAAUAAUUAUUAUCAAAAUAAUAAAAGGUUUAGUGAAAAGAAUAAAUAUAAAUAUUUCCAUGGAAGUGAUAUUUGCUUGAAUUGUAUUAACACAGAACAAAGAAUCCAUUGUUAUAGAAUCGUCAUUUCUAUAUUUAUUUUCCUUUUAAAUCAUUCCAGGUGCAUAUCAGAAUAUUAUAAAUAUAUGAUAGAUGUCGGUUUAAGGAAUGAUGAUUUUAUAAAAAAUCAAAGUGCUACUAGUAAAAAAACCAAAAAAGAAUCUGUACAUGUUGAUAUGAAUAAGACGGAUGAAGAAGGGUUUUAUGAGAAAGAUCCUAAUGUUAGAGGAAACAAAAAAAAUGAAUUAUUAUGUGAAAAUGUAAAAGUAACAUGUGAAGAAAAUUAUCAAGACGAUGGUAAUAAAUCCAUAAAUGGACAAAAUAAUAUAUGUUUGAAUAAUAAAAUCGGAGAUUUUAUAGUAAGCAGGAAUAAGAAAAAGAAGAAGAAUAAAUAUAUAUAUUCCUUUCAGUCAUGUUCAUGUAAAAAAUAUAUAUAUAAAUAUAAUUUUCUAUGUAAUAAUUAUGAAAAGGAUAAUAUAAAAAAAUUGAUGUAUUGCUUUCUAAUUAUGGUCAUAGAAAUUAACCAUAUAUUAAAUAAGGCAAAAAGGAGUUGUAGGAAUAGUUUUAUAAUUAAUAAAAAUAGAGAAAAUAUAGAAAAGAAUAUUAGUCAUGAUAAGAUGAACUUAUGUGCUGAUAAGGAUAUAAUAAUAAAUAAUGAUAAAUGGGAACAUAUGAAUUCACAUUAUAGUAUAUGUAAUGAUAAAAAUUGGGCCUAUAAAUUAAAAUAUUUCGUAAAAAAUAUUAUUAGAAGGAUAUCUUUGAUAUUAGCUAAUCGUUAUAUACUAAGAAAGGAUUUAAAUUUAAUAUAUAUAAAAAAUCAUAACAACGAAAUGGAUGUAUCUAAAUUUAUUUUCAGCAUGUGUAAUAUAAUUGAAUACGAUCCAUGUUUUAUACAAAUGAGUUUGGAUGGUUUAAAUAUAAUUGAAAAAAUUAUAAGGAGUUUAUUAAAAGUGCAAGCUGUAAAUAUUAAGGAUUGUUUGAAAUCACCAUUUUUUUGUGAUAUAUGUGAAUGUAUAUUAAAUAUAUGUCGAAAUAAUAAAAUGAAAAAGAAGAUUUUUGGAUUAUUAUUAUUUAUAAAAGUAUUAAGAAUUAUUCCUCCUUAUUGGAUUGAAUACAAUAUAUACGAGAUGAUAGAUACUUUAUUAACUUGUUAUGAGAAGAGUAAUAUAUUAAUAUAUGAUAAAAUAAUACCACGUCUUAUUGAAGAAUGUUUUUGUUUAUUAUUAUCCUCUUUAUUUAUUGGAUAUGUUGGAGAUAUGAAUAUAUAUAUUUUAAAAAACAUGAUGCAAAACCAUGAGAAUGUGUAUCCGAUGGAUGAAGAGGAAUAUAUAGAUACUACAAAGGAUAAAAAUAUUUGUAAUACUGAGAGUAAGAAUUAUUAUGAUAAAUAUAAUAUAUGUGUACGAAACAUGGACGAGGAUAAAAUCUUAAGGUAUGUCCAAGAUAAAAUCCUUAGAAAUAUGAAGGGUAAAUGUGAUUUAUUCCAUAAUUUUCUACACAAAAGGGAGUUAAAUAAAAAUAGGGACGAUACAAAUAAUAAUAAUAUAUAUGAUUCGUGUGGGUAUAAAAAAAAAUUUUAUUUAAAAUGUUCCAAUUUUUGGUAUAGUAAGGAUGAAAUAUAUACUUGGAAUGUUUUAACGGGUAAGGAGAAAAAUCGAAGAAAUAAAAAAGAGAUAUCAAAAAUGGGAAGGAUGUUAUAUAAUAUAUUAAAUAUGUGUAUUAAGUGUUUAUAUAAAGACAACAACAAAAGCAACCAUAAUAAUAAUAAUAAUAAUAAUAAUAAUAAUAAUAUUUAUAAUAAUAAUAAUAUUUAUAAUAAUAUUUAUAAUAAUAAUAAUAUUUAUAAUAAUAAUAUUUAUAAUAAUAAUUAUAUUAGUUAUUAUAAUAAUUAUAAUUAUUAUUAUUACAAUAGAGUAUUUAUAAAAAAGUGCUUUAUUAUAAUAUCAAAAAUAUUAGGAACAAAUAUAAAUGAUUUAUUAUUAAUGAAAAAUAAAUUAUCCUUAGAAACGUUAUUAUUUAAAUAUUUUAGCUUAUCUAAUUUUACAAAAUUCUCCUUAAAAUUAAAAAUAUCUUAUUUAGAUUAUUUAUGUUUUUUUUUAAAUGAAAGACCAAGUAUAAAAUUUGACGAGAAUAAUAUUAGUAACCUAAUUAUUAUUAUUCUUAAUAUUAUUGAAGAUAUUGAAAAGAAGGAUCAAAGAAAAUAUAAAUAUAUUUAUAAUAUUUCAAGUAACAAAAAUAAGAGUAUGAAUAAUAAUAUGAAUUCAUAUGUACACUGCGCAAAUAGAAAUAAUUAUGCUUAUAAUAGUAUAUAUUUAGAUUUAAUAUAUGAUAAAGAACAAAAUGUGGAUUACACUUCUAUAAAAAAAAAAAAUAAUGACGAUGGUGGUGAUGAUCAUAGAAAUAAGAAUAUAUGUAAAAAUAAUCGUAAUAGAAAACAUAAUAAAUCCAUUUUUUAUAAUAAUGUAGAUAAGGAUUAUUUAAAAAAGGAAGACCUUUUUGUAGGUUCUCGAGUUCCGGUUGAAGCUAAUAAUAAUGUAUUAUUAAAUAUGAUGGAAAAAUAUAAUUAUGUUAAUGUAGAUGGAAAGAAUAUUGGAGGCAAGGAUAUAAUUUCUUCUUAUAAAAAUAAAGAUACUUUUGAAGAAAAUGGUGUUGUUAUGGAUUAUGGAAAUGAUGAAGUAGAAAAGAAGGAUGAUACCAAUCUUAUGAAUAAUUUUAAAGAUGAGAAAAAAAUAAAUAAGUUGUCUAAUUCGUAUUAUUCUAUGUAUUUUGAUAGUAAGUUAGAUAGUACGAGGAAUCAUAAUUAUGAAGAGACAAUAAAUAAAAAUAAAAGUAAGGAUUUGUCACAAAUGAAAAUAACAGAUAUGUUUCCUGACUAUAAGAAUAAAAAGGAUAAUCAUAAUGAAAAGAUGUCGUUGAAUAUACUUGCUCAAAGUUAUCCUGUGGUAAAUAAGAGGAAAUAUAAAAGUAGUACGUCAUUAAAUAAUAAGCGUGGUAGAAAGGGAAAAAAUAAAAAUAAUAAUAAUGAUGAUAAUAAAAUUGGUGGUGAUAAUAAAAUUGAUGGUAAUAAAAUUGGUGGUAACAAUAAUAAUAAUGAUGAUAAUAAAAUUGGUGGUAAUAAUAAUAAUGAUGGUAAUAAAAUUGGUGGUAAUAAUAAAAUUGAUGGUAAUAAAAUUGGUGGUAAUAGUAAUAAUGAUGGUAAUAAAAUUGGUGGUAAUAAUAAUAAUGAUAAUAAUAAUAAUGAUGAGAAUAAUCAUGACAAUAUUAAUAAUGAUGACAAUAAUGAUGACAAUAAUGAUGACAAUAAUGAUGACAAUAAUGAUGACAAUAAUGAUGAGAAUAAUCAUGACAAUAUUAAUAAUGAUGAGAAUGAUUAUGUUGUAGGGAAAAACCUAAAACGAAGGAAAGGAAAUAAUACAAUGGACGAUAAAGAUAAAAGUAUUAAUAAUAAUGAUGAUAAUAAUAAAGAAAAUGAUAAAGGUAAUUACUUUAAAGAUAAUUAUCAUAGAGGAAAACUAAAUAUUUCUAGAGGAUCCACAGAAGGAGGAUAUAAAAGAAAAUCAUUUUUUUUAAAUGCCAUAAAUAAAAUUACUAAUUAUUUUCAUUAUAAUAUAAAAGAUAAAUCAACUUUGAAAAAUGAUGAAUCUGUAAAUGUAAAAUUAAAUGUAAGUCUAAAUGAACCGAUAGAACCUAAGGUCGACCAAUCAUUAAUAAAUAAUAAUAAUUGUAAUAAUGAUAAAAAUAUUUCUUAUAACUAUUGUUGUAUUAACAAAAGUAUAGGAAAUAAUAUAUGUAAUAAUAAAAUUAAUGUUGUGAAUAAUGUAAAAGAUGAGAAUGGUAAAAAGAAAGGCAAUAUGAAAUUUUUAAGUGAGAUAAAAAGUAUAAAUAAUAAUAAUUACAAAGAUAGUCAUAAAAAAAUAGGAAAAAAUAAUGAUGAAAGGAUUAAAGAUAAUAAAGUGAACGAAGAAAGGUACAAACAUGAUUAUCCAAAUGAUAAUAGAAAAAAAAAGUUUAAUGAUAAUGUAAAUGAAGAAGAAAAUGAUGAUGAUGUAAAUGAAGAAGAAAAUAUUGUUAUUGAAUUUUUUAUAUAUUUUAUGAAUUUGUUAAAAAUAUGUUUUGAGCAUCCAUUAUAUAAAGAUCAUUUAUUAUCAUUAAAUAUAAAAAUAAAUAAAAAAACUGUAUCAUUAUAUUAUCGAUGUAUGGAAGUAUUAUUGAAUUUUUUAUUUAACACAGACAAAAGGUUAUGUAGAAAAGCUGAAGAAACGUUGAAAAAUAUAAUACAUGUACAUGAAAAGGAUAAGGAUAUAAUAAUAAAACCACAAGAAAGUAUAAGAAUAUUAAAGCGUUAUGAUGAUAAUAUUUAUGGAUUGAUGAAACGAGGUAGUAGAAAUAUUAGAAAGGUUGAUUUCAGGAAAAGUGUACCAAUGUGUAAUCUUACAAGUAGGAAAUAUGAUAUGUGUGAUAAUAAUAGUAAGGAUGGAAAGAAUGAAAAAUAUGGACAUUAUGAUAACACAAGCGUUAAUCACAAAUUUAUUAACAUUAUUAAAAAGAAAAAUAAUAUAUCGAUAGAUAGAGGUGUCAUAAAGAAUUUUGAGAAAAAUCAUAUGAACAAAAGUGUGAUGAGUAUAUAUAAAGGAAAUAUGAAUUCCACGAAAUUAAAUAAAAAGGAUUUAAAAAUUUAUUUAAAAGGUUUGUUAUGUAAUUUAUCUUAUGUUUUAAAAAAUAAAUCACAUAUAUUAAAAUCAAAUUUUAUCAUUGGCUUAAGUAAAAUUUAUUGUUUAUUCCCAGAUCUAUUUUCUUCAUUUUUAAUUGAAGGAUUUAUUAAAUAUAUAAAAUUAUUUCAUGAACGUAUUGAUGACAAUCCUAUGUAUUAUAAGAAUGUGGAGCAUAUCUUAAUAAUAUUUAGUACCUUUUUUGUUAUUCCUAAAUUAUCAUAUGAUCAAUUUAAAGAAAUCAUUAAUUUGUUAUUAAAAUUAUAUGAAAAGGAUAAGAAAGGGUAUGUAAAUAAUGAGAACAUGGGAAUAAAUAAUUAUAAUAAUUAUAUAAAUAAAAUAUGUAAUGAUGAAAAGAAGAUAAAAGAGAAAGAUAAGUUUGUUUUACGUGAUUUCAUAACAUUUCAAAAAGGGACAGGUUUAGAAAAUUCUUUUCUUGAAAAAGGUUAUAGAUCAAAUUCAAAACAGUCGUUAAUUACAAGUUAUUUUGAUAUAGAUAGAAAAGUUAGUAGGAAUAUAAAAGAGGAAGAAAUUCAUAAGAAGAAUAAUAUAAAUAUAUAUAAGAAAGAAAAAGAUAUUUUAGAAAGUGUUGAUGAUAUAGGUUAUAAUAAUGAAAAAGAUAUAUAUGAAAAUAAUAUAAAUGGUUUCAUAAAAACGGCAGAAGAAGAAAAGGAUAUUCUCGAACGUUAUAUAUGUCUUAAUAAUAAUAGUUUAUGUGUAAGUAAUUUAUAUAUAUCAAGUUUAAGUUUGUUAUGUUGUAAAAAUUAUGAGCAUUGUUAUAAAUAUUUUCUUUAUCAUCGUAAUAAUGAAAGGAUUUUUUCUUUCUUUAUAUUAUUAUUAGAUAAUAAGAAAUUGAUGGAUCUAAGAAGAUAUGUAUGUAAGAAGUCUUAUUUAUUGAUUAAUAUUCUUUUAAGAUAUAUAUCAGACAUGGAUACACAUAACAUAUAUUGUUUUUAUAAUAUAUUUAGUAUAUCUAUAGUAGGUGGUGUGCAUGAUGAGGAUAUGAGAGAUAUUAUAGGUUAUGAUUACAAUAAAUUGAGAGAUUACAUCAUGUAUAAGAAAUAUUAUGAUAAUAAAAAUAAAAAAGAAGAAAAUAUAAAUCAAAAUGUAAAAAAAAAUAAAUAUGACGAAUAUAAUUAUUAUAUUAAUAAUUAUGAAAAAUGUGUUACCAUUAAUAAUGUUGGUAUUAGCCCCCUUCGUAAUAUCCCCUUUUUAAAUAACAUAUAUACUGUUAUAAAUAUUGUACACGUCUUGCUAAAACAUGAAUCUUCUUUUAUUUUUAUUAAUUUUUAUGAGGAGAGAAUUAAAAAGAAUAAAUUAUGUAUUAUUGAAAUAUUGUAUAUAUAUAUAAGUGUUAUGAUAAGUGAAUACAUGAACUUGAAAAAUAAAAAUUUUCUUUUUUUUGUAAAUGAUAAGAUAUGUAAAAAAUGUGUUAAGAUAUUUAUAAUAUUUUUUCAUUAUACUAGAGAUUUAAUUAUACACAUAAAGAAUAAAUUACAAAAUAACAAGGAUAAUAUAAAUAUAAUAAAAAAUGAGAAAAAAAGGAUGAAUACAUUUAUUUUUAAUUUAAAAAAUGAGAAGGAAGAUCUUUUUGAUGAGUAUAAAAAAAAUAAAUUUCUUCUUGAUAAUAUGGAAUAUAAUAAGAAUUUAUUUUAUUUUAGAACGAAUAUAUUUAUUAUAUUAAAUUUUAUAUUAUGUGUACCAAAAAAAAAUAUUGAUUAUACAUAUAUAGAGCGAUUUUUUAAAAAGCAUGCUGUCAAAAGUUUACUUUAUCGAGAAAAGAGAUAUAUCUUUUUUAAAAUUAUAGAUAUAUUACGUAUGUUUAAUUUUUCAAUAUUUCAUAAAUUUUAUGAAACAACAGUGUCAUUUUUAAUAAUACCUAUAUUAAAGGAAUAUGUUAAAUCAAACAAAGGGUUAGAAUAUAUGAACCGGAGUCAAAAUAUAUGUGAUAUAAAUAAAUAUUCUGUGGAUCGAAUGGAUAAUAUAUCUUUUGAUGACAAAUCAUUAUUUGGACAUAUUAAUACGAUUGAUAAGAUGAACAAUAGUAAUGUUUUGAUGUUCUUGAGUACGAAACUUUUUUCACAUGCGACAAUAAAUUGUAGUGGAAAUAUGUAUAUGGAAAGACGUACGAGUUAUAAGAGUGAUGUGUCGAGUCCCACAAAUGAAUAUCAUAAUAUGGGAAAUGCUAGUACUAUAUUCGGUAUACAUGAUAUAUCUAGUAAUAAUAAUAAAAAUAAUAUUGAUAAUAAUAUUCCUAAUAAAAACUUUGUAAAAACAUACCAAACUAAUGACUCCUUUAAUUAUAAAGAUUUAGACUACAGACGAGGUGUUAAUAAUGAUAAGAAAAAUAUAUAUACACAUAACAAUAAAAAAAUAUAUGGACCCAUAAGAAAUUUGUUAAAUUGUAGUUUUAUACACAACUUGAAUGAUUUAAGUAGUGGUUUUAAUAAUAAUGUAAAAUGUUCUUAUUGUUUAUUUUAUUUAUAUUAUCAUAAUGAGGAAAAUCAUUUUAAGACAUAUCCUUUAUAUAAUAAUAAUUAUAAUACUUUAUUUUUAUAUAUAGAAGAAAUAAAUUAUGUGUUGAAAUGUAUAAUAGAUUAUAUACCUAAUUAUAAUGAUAUAGUUAUAAUGAAAAAAUUAAUUAUUUGUAAAAUAUUUAUUGAUAUAAUAAAAAAGUUUAAACGUCAAAAGUAUAGAGAUUUAUUUUUUGGAUAUAUUGAAAGAGAAAAUAAUAAAUAUAUUUUUUAUCCUGUUAGAGAUAUUAAACAAUUAUGUAUAAAUAAUAUAAUAGAAAUAUAUAAACAUUAUAUUCAUAAAUAUAAUAGUAAUAUUUUGUUGAGUCUAUUUUAUUAUUUAUUAUUAUGUUCAGAAAAUAAGCAGUGUAUAAAAUUUACUCGACACAAUAUAGAAGAAUUAUUUAAAAUGAUAAUAAAUAAAAAUAAAAAAAAAUAUAUAUUAAAUAAUAAUAAUAAUAAUAAUAAUAAUAAUAAUAAUAUAUUUAGUAUAAAUAACAUGUUGAGAAAAAGAAAUAUGUGGAUGUACUUUUUUAGAAAAUAUUAUAUGAGUUAUAUAUACUAUGGGGAUUAUAUAAUAAAGGAUACAAUAUAUAACGCUACUAAUUAUAAUGAAGAUAUUUAUAAUUAUCCACAACUUCAUAAUAUUAAAGAUAGGGUAAUUUCCCAUGUAGAUAUAUUAAAAGAUUGUAAAAAUAUAUUUAUUAAUUAUAUUAAGAAAGAAAAAAAUAUAGAUAAAAAAAUAGACAUGAUAAAAAUAAUAUAUAAAUAUAAAUUUGACUUUUUUAAUUUUUAUCCUUAUAUAGUAAAUAUUAUACUUGAUGUUUUAAAGAGUAAAAAUUUUGUUAUAUCAUCAGAAAAAAUAAAUAAGUACAGUACAAAUAAAAGAAUCAACUUUUUUAUGAAAUCAUUGAAUAUAAUUAUUGACUUUAUAAGAUUUAAUAUGUUGAUUAAUUGUGUCAAUUAUUUAUUCUUAAUUAAUGAAGAUAAAAUACUUUUAAAAAAAAAUUCAUUAUUUGGUGAUGGGAAUCAAGAAGAAAUAUUUAUAAGGGAUAUAACAACAGAGGGUCUUGAAGGCAACAUAAUAUAUAAUAAAUUGAGUGAUGAAAAAAAAAAAAGAACAAGGGAUGGAAUUGGUUAUGUUGGCUUAUAUAAUGAUAUAAAUGGUUAUGUGUAUAAUAAUUUAUAUAAUGAAGGACAUGAUAAGGGUGAUAACAAUAAUGAUAACAAUAAUGAUAACGAUAAAAAUCAUGUACAUAAUAAGAAUUGUACCACACAGUGUUAUGACAAAAAGCUCAAUAUGUUGGUAGACUUAAAAAACAAAAUAUAUAACUAUUUUAUGAUAAACAAAAAGAAUAAUAAUAUACAUUUAGAUCGCUUUAUAAUACCUAUUUUUAAUAUAUUAAAAAAGUAUGAUAAUAUUAAGGUGGAUUACGAUUUGUUAAGUAUUUUAUUUAAUUUUAUUAUAUGUAGUAUAAUAAAAAAUUCGAUUGAAUUUUCGAGAUAUGGUGUUACGAAUAAAUGUAUUUCUAUCCUUGUAAGUAUAUUAAAAGUUAAGGUAAAUAUAAACAUUAAAUAUAUGAAUAUUUAUGGUGUGUUAGCGUGUAUAUUAUUCCCUUCUGAAUUUAUAAAACAUAAAACAAAAUGGAAAAGGUGCAAGGAUAAAAAGAAUAAAUAUUGUGAUAAACAAAAUAAGAAUAUUUUAAAAAAUAAUUAUGGUUUAAAUGAAGAUAUAAAUAAUGAAAAAGAAAUAAAUAAAAUAGUUUAUAAAAAUAUUAGUAAUGUGAAUAAGAAAAAUCAUAUAUAUGAUUUGCAUAACGCAUCAUUGAAACAAUCGAAUGUGAGAAAUAAAAAUCUUUAUAGAAAUUGUAACAUCUAUAAUAAUUCUAUGUUUAUGUUGAAUGAUUAUUUUAAUACAUCAUGUGUUAAUAAUAUAAAUAUUUAUAAUUGGAAUGUAAUAAAAUGUAUACAUAAAAUAUUAUACGUAUUAAUAUUAUAUGAGAAUAAAGAAAAUAUUUGUAAAAAUUUACAUAUGAUAACUUGUAUAUUUUUUUUAUUAAUAAAUAAUAAAGUUAAUAAUAAAAAGGAAAAAAUGGGUCUGUUCAAAUUAUUAAAUCAUAUGAUACUAACACAUAAUUUGUAUGUGUCUGGUGUGGAUAAUUUAUUUAGUAAUAUAAAAAGAAAAAAUAAUAUAAAUCAAGAUAUAAAUAAUAAUAUUCCUAUUUUCUCUUAUAUAUAUGAUGAAAACAAUGAAAAUGUAGAUGUUAAUAAGAAAAUAUUAGAUUUACAUAAUAUGUUAAUUCUUUUAUGUAUCAAAGGAAUGAAAGAAUAUAAUAAAAAAGAUGGAAAAAAAAAAAAAAAAAAUAAAAUAUACUAUAAUGAUAAAAUAAUGUUUGUUAUAAAUUUAGAAACAAGUGUAUCUAUAUUUGAAGUCUUACUUAAUCUGUGUAAGGAAAGGGAAUGUGUUUAUAAAGAUAUAGUAAAGCAUAUUUUAUUAAAAUAUAUUAAGAGGUUAGAUAGGGUAGCAAAAUAUUAUUUAUCACACUGGAUGAUAACAAAAAGAUAUAAAAAUAAUAAUGUUAAUAAUAAUGUUGAUAAUAUUAAUUAUUGUGUUUACGUUCUUAUGAAAUUAAUAUUUUUAAUCAACGCAAAUUUAUAUCUUCUUAGUAAAAAACAUAUAUUUCAUUUUUUUAAUAUUCUACAAAAUAUUAUACAGACAAAAAGAAUUAAAAAAAAAAAAUAUCAUAAUUUUUAUUUGUUCAUAUUAAAUAUAUUCGAAUGUCACAUUGUGAAAGAUACACAUAUGAAUAUGGUAAAUCAUCAUUAUAAAGACAUUUUAUGUAAUGAUGAGAAGUCAUAUAAUUCUUUCUCUUUAUAUAAUGAGACCAGUAGUAAGCAAGCCAUGAAAAAUCGUAAAAAAGCAAUCGAUUUAUUUAAUAAAAUAAAAGCAAAUGGUCCUAUUUAUGAAAAUUAUAUUAAAUAUAUAAAUAGACGUUAUAAUGACAAGAAGUUUUAUAUAAUAGAUAGGUAUAAUUAUAAGCCCUAUCGAAAUUAUGUGUUUUCUAUAGACAGAUUAAUAUAUAAAAGAAAACGAAGAACACUCCUGAACUUAUUCAAUGGAGAAAUAAAAAGGAAUUCUUAUUUAGGAGAAUAUAUAAACAAAGAUAUAAUGAUUAAACCAUCUGGUAAUUAUAAUAUAUUUAAUAUAAAUACGUUAUAUAAAGAGAAUGAGAAACUAGAUCACAAUAUAGAUAUUUAUAAUGGUAGGCCAAAGAAAGAUACUAUUACUAGUCUAGAUACGGAUGAUACUUUGAGAAAAGGUCUGCAUAAAAGAAAUAAAAGUGAUGAAGAUAUAAAUGAUAAAAAGAUCUCAGGGGACAACAACAAAAAAAAAGAGUAUCUAGAAAUGCAAGCGAAAUUUUAUGAUCAUAAUGUGAAGAAGCUGUUGAAGAGGAAAAAGAACUACAAAAAAUACGACAUGUACAAAAAAUACAACAAAUACAACAAAUACAACAUGUAUAACAAAUACAACAUGAACAAUAAUUUGCAUGAUGUGAAUCAUAAUGAUAUCAUAAACCAAGAGAAUAAUCAUUCUUUAACAUGCGAAUCAUCUUGUUUCUUCAUAAGAAAUCAACCUUUUAAUAAACAUUCUUUGAAUAAAAUCAAAUUUAAUAAAAAUGAAACACUAGAAAAAGAGAGUAAAAUAAAACGAAUUAAAACGUAUAUGAACACAUUUGAAUUUUUAUAUGAAAAGAAUGUUAUGGAAUCUUGCUUAUAUGAAGAUAUAUUUUUUCUUAGAAAUGAAGAACAAAGAAAAUUAAAAGGGUAUAGAUAUCCAUAUUUGUGUCCAUAUACAUGUAAUAUUAAAAAUAUAUGUCUAACAUGUGAAGAAAAAGCCGAAAUAAUAAAAGGUUUAAUUAUAUAUGAUUAUAUUAAUGAUUAUUCUUGUUAUAUAAAAUAUUAUGAUAUUUUAUUAAGUUUUAUUAAAGAAGAAAGGAAAAGGCCCCUCAAAAAAAUAAAUAACAUAGAAAAUGUAAUAAAUAGAACGAUAUAUAUUUUAUUACCAAACAUUUUAAGAGGAACCUUUUCAUCUUUUCCAAGUAUUCAAUAUACUUGUUCAAAACUAUUUAAGAAACAUUUUUUAUGUAAUAAUUUAUUUGGAUGUAUAUAUUUCUUAUUUAAUAAUGAAUAUUAUAAAUAUAUUAUUGAUAAGUAUUUUAUAUCUUUAUGGAUAAAUGUUUUAUUUUCCUUUUUUAAAAAAAAUAUUGAUGUGUAUGUAUCAUCAGAAAAUAAGACACAGGGAUUAAUUCCGUAUAUGUGCUAUAAUAAAAAUAAAAGGAAUGAAAAAAGUAAAGGUCCUAAUAAACCUCCACAACGAUAUGAACUUAACUUUUAUGUAAAGACCCUUUAUGAAUAUCCCAAACUUGUAGAAAGAAAAAAAAUACUUCCUUAUAAUGAUAAAAUGAAAAAAUACAAUUUUAAAUUUUUUGUUUGGAAAAUGAAAUUAAAAAAAUAUUGUAUGGAACAGAAAUUAUUUAUCCAUAAAUGUAAGGAAAAAAUAGGGAAAGCUAAAUAUAUGUUUAGAUCCUUCUUAAGCAUAAUACAUUUAUUUAAAGAAUAUUGUAGACAUGUGUGGAUAGAAUUAUUCCCUCAACUUUUUUACUUUUUAAAUAAGGAGGAAAAAAAAAUAUUGAAUAUGUGUUUAAUACGUUUUCUGAAUAAUUAUAUACAAAUAUAUGAUUCUUUUAAAUUAAAAAAAAAAAAUACAAUGAAUCGAGAGUAUAAUCCUUUGGAAGAGAAUCAUAUGAAAAGUAAUUUAAAUAAUUCAUAUGUAAAUAAUGAAAAUAUUAAUGUAUUAGAAACAGUUCUUAGUAGUGUGCUAAAAAUUAAUAAGUUCAUAUUUAUACCUUAUGAAAUCCUUUUUUAUUGUUCGAAAAAUUUCGGGACGUAUGAAAUUUGUAGAUAUAUAUUACAAGCGUGUUUAUACAAUAAUUUAAAAAAAGAAAAAGCUAUGAUGAAUAAGGAUAAGAAAUUUAUAGAGCCAAGUAAUAAUGAUGGUAACAAUAAACGGAAAAGUAAGAACGGAUAUGAAGAAAAGCAUGAUGAGAUAAUUAUAAAUUAUGGAAAUAAUGUUAAAGAACUUGUUAAUUAUCUUAUGGAUAUUAAUUAUUACUUGAAUUCAUAUGAUAAUAUGUAUGUGUUGAAAAAAUAUUAUAUUAAAAAGGUACAAGUAGAAAAAUUAAUAUUAAAUAACCAUUUUGAUUUUUAUUCUAAAACGGAAGAUUUAUAUUUGAGUAAUUUUCUUAAUUCACAAAAUAUGAAAUUAAGUAGAGAAGAAAUAAAUAUAUGUAAAGAGAGUUGGAUAGACAGUUUAAAAUAUUUUAAUAAGACAUCUUGUAUAGAAAGUUAUAUGAAUAUUAAUAAUAUUAAUAAUAAAAAUGAAAAUGUGAAUAAUUGUAUUAUGCUUAAAAAUUAUUUUAAUAAUAGUAAUUAUUCACAAAAUAAAAGUGAUGAUUUAUUUUUUUCUAAUUGUAGUUAUAAAUAUGCAAGAAGUAAUUACUUGAAUAAUUUAGACGAUAUAUAUAAUUUAAUAAAUGAUCAUAUAUAUUUAGAUCAUCAUAAUGUGAUGAAUAUGGUUUUUUCUGGUGAGAAAGAUAUAUUAGGAAAGCAACACAAAUAUAUAAAUAAUAAUAAUAAUAAUAAUAAUAAUUUUUGUAGUAGUAAUUUCUGUAGUGAUGAUCUUCAUUAUAAUAACUGUAUAAAUUCCAAAAAUAAAAAUGAAAAGAUACAAAAAUCUAUUCAUGAUUAUUUUAAAUGCACAAACAAUACAAAUAAUAUAUAUAAUUCAUAUAAAAUAGAUGAGAAAAAAAACUUCUUCCAUAAUAAUUAUAAUUAUAAUUAUACAUAUACCAAUUCGCAUAAUACAUAUAAAAUAGAUGAUCCAUUUUGUUUAAACAAAAUUAACGACUACCACGAAAAAACUUCUCGGGAGAAAUGUAAUUCAAGUUCUGUAAUAAUAAAUAAUAUAAUAAACAAAUUGUACGAAAAAAAUUGUAACCUUGUAGAUUAUAUGUAUGAUAUAGAACAUAACACCAUGGCAUCAAAAUAUGUUAAGGACAAAAUAUUUUUAGAUAACAAUCAAAAGUAUUCUUUACACAUGAAUAAUACAAAUAAGAACACAUUUUUAAAUAAUAAUUUUAAGUUUAAUAUUGAAAAAAAACAUAUAAAUAAAAUGAACGAAAUGAUAAAUAAUGGUAUGCGUAACUUAGUUAAUAAUGUAAAAGAUUUAUUACAUUAUAAUAAAUAUGAAUCGUUGAAUCUGUUAUUUUUACACUCACAAAUAUUUGAACAUGCUCAUAGAAGUAUAGAGUUAAUUAAGGAAGAUGUUAUUGAAGAAAGGAAUGUCAGGAAAAAAGAGAAAGAAAGAAAAUUGUUAAGUUUAUUAGAUAAUCUAUGUAAUAUAUGUAAAAAGCAGCAAGAUGCUUUUUUUUAUGAUAACGAUAUAUAUAAUUUAAACUAUGUAGAAAUGUGGAAAAAUACAUUUUUAAAAAUAUGUAAAAUUAUAUUAAAUCGUGAAACAGAAAAAAAUAAAACAUUUAAUAAUUGGAUUAAUAGUAAUUAUAAUGAUCAGUAUGAUAAUUAUAAUAAUGCUGUGCAUUUUUAUAAUCAAAAUUUUUAUCAUCAACACAUAUGUAAUAAUACAUAUGUGAAUACAUGUGAUCAUUUGGUUCCUCAUGAAUAUUUACAAAAUGACAAGUCACAUAUCGUAGUAAAUUUAAUAAAAAACAUGAGAGAGAAGAACCAAUUUACCUACAAUUAUUUUGAUAAAAUAUAUGAAGGCUUUCUAAAUUAUAAUAACAAAAAGAUGUCUAUCAAAAAUAAUUAUAUAUAUAACAUUGAAAUAAUAAAAAUGAAUUUAAGAAAAUUAAUAAAUGGAAACAAUUAUGCAGACGUAAUAUUAAACAGUGGCCAAUUUAAUAAUGUAAAUUAUAAUAUUGCUGAAAAAUUAUUAGAUAAAUAUAGUACCAUAUGUGAUGAAGCCGAAUUAUUACAUGAUAAAAAAAGUAACAACAAAAAAGAAAAAAAGGUUAAAAUGUGUCAGGAAAAUAACUAUUUGUAUAUUAUAAAUAUGGAACGUGAAUAUUUUAAUAUAUGUAUUAACCUAAAAAAAUUAAAAAAAAAUAAAUUUCUACAUAAAGUUAUAAAAAAAAUCAAGUGUUAUAUAAAUUCAUUAAAUAUUAUUAACAAUUUUAAUUUUGAUACUUUACCCAUGGUUGGUUAUGAGAAAUUCAGAAGUGAAUUCUUUUAUAUGAAAGGAAAAAUAUUAUGUAAUCUGAAUCACAUUAUUAUAUUUUUAUAUAAAAGUAAUUUUAUAGAAAUGAAUCCUAAAAACAAUGGUUAUGUAUGUACAGGUCAAUGUAUUCAUAAGGAUGUUAUAUUUCAUAAAAGUGAUUAUUUAAAUAUAAAAACACAUGUAUUUACAAACGAAAAUAUUAAUUCUGAUGUGUAUUUACUCAAAACGAAUUCUUGUAAUGUUCAAAAAUAUGAACCCCCCAAAAAUGAUGCCAUAGAUAAUAUUAAAAUUGAAGUGUGUCAUAAUAAUAUAAGACCAAAAGAAAAAAAAGACAAACUUCAUAAUAUUGAUAUAAUUAUAGACGAACAAAAUAAUGAUACUAAUGUUAAGAAAAAAAGAAGAUAUAAUAAGAAGAUGUCUAUCAACAAAGAAAAGGAAGACCAAAAGUAUGUACAAGAAAUCAAAAAUGUGCAGGAUAACAUUGAGAUAACGAAUAUAGAUUGUACAGGUAAAGAAAAUAAUAUGGAAGAAAAAAAUAAUAUUUGUAAUAAUCCUUUAAAUAACAAUAAUAUAGGUACACCUAAUGUUGAUAAUAAUAAAUGUUGUUACAUUAUUGAUCCUGAUAACUGUAAAAGUAGCGAAAAAAAGAAUGUUAAGAAAGAAAGGAAAAAAAAAAUAGAAAUGAAAUUAUUACAUUCUGAUUAUUCAUGUAAAUGUAAUAUGAAACAGAUCAAACAUUUUGAUAGUGAUUUGAUUGAAGAAUGUUUACUUUCGUCUUUAAAAAUUUAUCCUUUAGAAAAUAAUUCAUGGAUAAUUUGGGGAGAUUAUUGUAACAAAUUAUUUAAAGAAAGUGAAAAUAUAUCAUUUUGCUUAAGUUCUAUAAUUUGUUAUUUAAUUUAUUCAAGUUUAAAUAUAAACAAAGGUUAUUAUUAUAUAAGUAACGUAUUGCAUAUGUUAAAUUAUGGUACAAAAGAUAAUAGUAUAUUUCAAGUUUUUAAUAAAUAUAAUGAAAGCAUAUGUCCAAAUAUAUGGCUCUUUUAUUAUCCUUUUCUAAUGAACAAUAUUAACGUAAAUAAAAAGAACUAUUUAUAUUUCCAUAAAAUUUUUUAUAUAUUAAUGCGAAAUUUUCCACAAGAUAUUUUUUACGAUUUACGAACAAUACAUAUUUAUAGGAAAAAAAAAUUAUAUCAAUUAAAUGAAAUAAAAAAUAAAAGAAAUAAUAAUGGGGAAAUAUCUCUUUGUGAUGGUUCUAAUGAUAUUUUAAAAAUAAAAAAUGGACUUCAAAUUAAUAACGAAGAACAUAAUAAUAAUAAUAUAUUACACAUGAAUAAUAAAAAUUCUGAACAUGUUCAGAAUAUUUCUGACAUGUACAAUUUGGAAAAUGGCUAUAAAGAAGAAAUGGCUAGUAGUGUAAAAAUGAAUUUGAAGAAAGGAAAAGAUAAAGACAACGAUUUAUUAAGACUUGAUAAUAUAAAUAAUGAUAAUAUAAAUAAUGAUAAUAUAAAUAAUGAUAAUAUAAAUAAUAAUUAUAGUAAUAAUAAUAAUAAUAAUAAUAAUAAUAUAAAUAACAACAUAAGUAAUAAGAAUAAUAUUUAUUGUUACAAAAAUGAUGAAGAUAAUAAUGCUUGUGCUUCUUAUCAAACUAGCAAUGGUAUAAAAAAUAAUAAAUAUACGUAUCAAUUUUCGGAUAUAUAUAUGGAUGGAUUUGAUCAAUUAAUAAAUGUGUUUAAAAAUAAAUAUUCUGAAAUUUUCUUAUCAUUAGAUUACUUGUGUAAUGAAAUAUUAAAUUAUAACAAAUUUCAAGCUUUUGAAGAAACGUACCAUUUUAUAAAUAAGCUGUUUCAUAAUUGUAUGGACAUUGGGAACUCCGAAAUACAUAUAAACGAAAUUAUGCAGAAUGUAACUAACAAUAUUUUGUAUAAAAGAUAUAAGAAAAAAUUGAAAAAGAAUAAAAAUAUGUAUAAUAAUAGGAAAUAUAAAAAUGUUGUUAAAAAUAUGAAUAAGUUUUGGAAGGAAUUUAAAAAGGAUAUAAAAUUUUUAAAAAAAACUGGAUGUAUUGAAAAAUUAAACACAACAAAGAUGAGAAAAAAGAAAAAUUAUAUAAAAAAUAAAGAUAUUAAUAAUUUUAGUGUUAUAAAUGAAUAUUCAAAAAAUAUGUUAUCAAGGGAUGAUAAUUCCCGUUAUAUGUUAUCAUAUUUUAUAGCCUUUUUAAAAAAAUGGAAAUAUAUGUUGUCUAUAUAUUUAUCACAAUUAACUGAAACACAAGCUUUAGAAGAUUGUUCUUAUACGUUAUGUGAUGCAUUGCACAAAUUUGAUAUUCCUAUUGAAUUACCAAAACAGAGGUUGAAAUAUAUUGGAGAAUAUUUAAAUUAUCAUUAUAAUUUAAAUACAUUUUGUCCUUCCAAAAUUAUUAAGGUUAAUUCUUCCGUAACGUAUAAUGUGUCAAACAAUUAUAUUUUAAGAAAAGUUAGUUUUUUAACAAACGAUGGAAAUAUUUAUUAUUAUACACAACAACCGCGUAAUUAUGUAAGGAAUAAAUCUGAGCAUAAAUUUAUGUUAUUCCAAGUGUUGUUAAAUAAUAUAAUGUUCAAUUUUUCACAAACCAAAAAAAGGGGCUUAUCCUUUAAAAUAAAUUUUAAUACGCAAAUACAUCCAAGUAUUAUAUUAAAGGAACAACCAAAGGAUGAUAUCACCCUACAUGAAAUAUACAAUGAAUAUAAUUCAGUUCUUAGAAGUGACAAAUAUUCUAUGGAUAAUAUAAUGUUGUAUCACCGAAAUUUGGUUCAAAGUUCUCUUCACAGAUUAUUAUUAAAAGAAAUAGAAAUUAAGUUAAAAUGUGACAAAAAGUAUAUGAAUAUGUCUAUUGAUGAUGGUGUGCAAGAAAAAAAUCAUAUUACACGUUUUACAAAAAUGGAUGGUCAAGAUAUAAAUAAAAAAAAUAACCACAUCAACAACGACAACAACAACAACGACGACGACAACAACAACAACAACAACAACGACGACAACAACGACGACGACAACAACAACAACAACGACAACAACAACAACGACAACAACGACAACAACGACAACAACAGCAAUAGUAAUAAUAAUAAUGAUAGUAAGGACGAAUGUAAUAGGUUGUUAAAAAUGUUCUCUUACCAAAAUGAUUUAGUGUGUGAGACAAACAACUCAAAUCGUGAAAAUGUUAAUAUUAAUAUUCCUUCAAAUAAUAAAAUAGAUUUAUCAAAUUUUGAAUAUUAUUGUUCUUUAACAUAUGAAGAAUUAAUAAAAUAUUUUUGCAAUGAAGAAUGGUUUUAUAAAAUUUUAAAAAAAUGUGAGAAAAAAAGUGUAAGAAAAAGUUUUAAGACAAUUUGUAAAAUGAUACCAAAUAAUAUCUUGAAAAAUUACUUUUUUUCUAUACAUAAUAAUAAUAUACAAAAUUAUAGCAUUUUCCAUGAUCAAUUUGUCAAAAAUUAUUCUAUAUUGUGUAUGUUAAAUUAUGUAUUUUUUCAACUUAAUACUAAUUUAGAUAAUAUAGUUAUUUCCAAAUGUUCAGGCAGAUCAGCGUAUUCUGAAGGAAGACCAUUAUAUAAAGAUUUUACGAUGAAAAAAGAUAUAAAUAGGAAAAAAUUAGCAUUCAGAUUAACAAGAAAUAUAAAAGAAUUUAUUGGAUUUCAAGGAUUACAUGGAAAUUUUCCUUUAUGUUUUUAUUCGUCCAUUAUGGCUAUUAAAAAGAAAAAAAUGGAAAUAAAAAACUUUUUGAAUCUAGCUAUUUUGGAUGAUUUUUUUACCUUACAUGUUCAGAAAAAAAAUAGAAAUUUAAUGGAAAAAAAUAAAGGUAGAAUAAAAUAUGAAUAUAUAAAAGAAAAUGAUAAUGAAAUAAGUAAAAAAACAUUAAUAAAUGAAUACAUAAAGUGUUUACGUAUUGACGAUAUAGAAAAACGAAAUAUAUUAAAGAAUGCUGAAAAUUAUGUUAGUACAAUAUUUGGUCGUGUGCAGUUUUUGUAUAAAAAUAAAUUAGAAAGAAGGAAAAUUGACAAUACAUUGAAAUCAAAUGAGAAAUCAAAUAUAAAUGUGUAUGAAUAUUUUUCGGAUUUACAGGAUAUAACAUCCUUAUCAGAAUUAUCAUCUGACAAUAAUAAUGAAUAUAUAAAUUAUGAUGAAGUUGAUAAGAAGAGAGCUCAAAACGUUGGAACACGUGAAUAUAAAAGGAAGAAAAAAGAAAAUGUUGUUCAACAAAAAACGGUAAAAGAAGAAAGAUCAGUAAAUGUAAAUAUGGAAAAUGUACAAGAUAUUAUGCAUAUAGAUAUGGAUGAAGAAAAUAGUAAAACAAAGGAAUGUACAAAUAAUAUUACAAAUGGCGAUAUAGUAAUUAAUUCUCAGAAUGAUAAUAAUAAUAAUAAUAAUAAUGAUAGAAUUAACCAAUUGAUUGAUAUGACAAAUAUAGAAGGGGUAAAAGAAAUAAAGAAGGGAGAAAACCAUUCUUGUAAUAAUAAAGGGAAAAGGAAGUAUAAAAAAAAUACAACUAAUGCAUAUAAUAAUGACGAACUUAAGAAUGUUCAUCAGUUAUUAGAACAGAGGACAUUUGAAAAUAUUAGGAAUCAAAAAAACAAUAUACAAGACUGUACUGAACAUGAAAUAGAUGAAGAAGGAAUUAAAAAAGACGAAAACAGCCAUAAUAAUUACAAGCAUGUAAAAAAUUAUGAUAAUAAUAAAUAUAAUGAUGAAGAAAAAAAUAUGAAAUAUAAGAAGAUAAAAAAUAUAUCUGUAUCUGAUAUAAAUAAAUCUGUAGUUGAUCUUAUGGAAAUGUCUAUGGAUGAAAAGAAUUUAAAAAAUGCAAAAAGAACAUGGUUUCCAUGGUUUUAA